CUACAUUGGAAGGUUCUCAUAAGGAUAGCAAAACAAAUGUGUGUGUGUGUGUGUGUGUGUGUGUGUGUGUGUGUGUGUGAGUGUGUGUGUGUGCGUGUGUGCGCGCGCGCGCCUGCCAGCGCAGCCCAAACCCCAACCGUCUGUUGGAUGUCCAGAAGGUGUGUUAUGAUCCCGUUCGCAGAAAUUGCCAAAAGGGGGAGACGGCGGCUUAUCGAUUCAACUGAUAAAGAGCAGCAUUUAAGAGGACAGAUGUGCGAGGACAAAACAAACGAAAAAACACACACGACCGACGAGAACAAGCGAACAGUCGCGCUCAUCGUACACCAGUCCCCGCACCUUGGACCGCACAUUAACUGGAAUACCGAGACAUGCUGCUCGGCAUUUUCCUCUGCGCGUGCUGCAUCGGCGUCGCACUGGCCGAUUCCGGACCACACCUGGCCAAUGACUGGGGAGAAUCUGUCCGCCUGAGACACCUGUACGCGGCAAGACCCGGUCUGCACCUGCAGAUCAGCAAAGACGGGAAGAUCGGAGGAUCGCACGUGCAGAGCUCGCACAGUUUGGUGGAGAUCCGCACCGUCGACACAGGCUGUGUGGUUAUUAAAGGUGUCGCGAGCUCACAGUAUCUCUGCAUGGAAGCUAAUGGAAAGCUAUAUGGCUCGUACAUUUAUAUAAAGGACGACUGCUCUUUUCUUGAACAAGUUAUGGCAGACGGCUACAACAUCUACGUCUCAGGCAAACACGGGACCCUCGUGAGCUUGGCUGGUGGGAAGAACCGACGUCAAAAUGCUCUCUCACAGUUCCUGCCCUUGCUCAAUUCUCUGCCACAGGAGCCUACAGAGUACAACGAGAGAAAAGUGCAUUCUGCAGUUGACCCAGAACAGGAUCUUCACUUAGGUGUACAAGCAGACAGCAUGGAAUCCUUUGGGAGGAUCUCCCAGAUUGUCAUUCAAAGCCCAAGUUUCAACAAAAGAUGAGAAGAGUUAAAAGUUUUCAAAGAUGGGACUCAGUUCAAUCUCUUAUGCAGAGGCAAGAGGCUGAACGGAACCAGCCUGGUCUGAAAGCAGAGCCCAGACAGAACUUACAGACUUGGGGCAAGAGGAGGAUCAGGUUUCCCAAAGAUCAUUCUUAACCCCGGUUGCACGGGUGGAUUACGUAGAAUACGCUUCAAAGUAGUAGUUCACUUCUACUUCAGAUAGUAGAUCACUCCAAAUGGUAAAUGUUGAAGCUCAAAGUAAAGUGUGAGCAGCUUUAUUAGCUUUAUUUAUUCUAAAAGUGAUAUUCACUGCUAUGCCUAGUCUCUGUAUCGUAUAGUAAAGCCUUUUUUUUUUUUAAUUUUUUUUUUUUUUUACUGUGCACUUGUAUAUAAACUGUAAGACAGGAUUUUAUAUUUGUUGUAUUUAUCAUAGGCUGUACUUUAUGAACUACUUUUGUUAGACUCAAAUAUGUGUAAUUCUGAUCAAAUCUGGUGUCAUUAUGAAACAAAACGAUUCUUAUGAUUAAAGCUUGUGAUUCAAAAGAAAACUAAUCACACUAUUUGACAGAUAAAUAGUGAUGGAAAUGUUUAGGAUCACAAAUCUAAAAAAAAAAAAAAAAAAAGUACAAUACAUAUGUAUGAAUCAAUCAAUAAAAACAUGUUUUUAAGACAUAAAGAACUGUAUGAACCAUAAAUUGCACAUAAAAUGGCACAUAAAAGUAUGUAUGGAUUAAUAAUGAAAUCUAAUAUCUUCCAACAUAUUAUAGUACUUACUCAUUCACUGAAAAUGAAUGUAAUGACAUUCUUUUACUGCAUUAUGCAUUUAUGAAUAUUUUGAACUGUGUGCCGUGGUUUUGUUUUUAAAAGAAAGGGCUACAUAAUUUAACACAAUUAUACACCAUGACACUAUAGGACAGUCUAUAAUAAGUACUCAUUUGCAUACAGUAGUGACAUUUUGUGAUAAGAUCCUGAAGACGAAACUUUUUACAAUUAAAAUGUAUAUAAUAAAAGACUAUAAAAAGACUACUAAUAAAAAGACGAAUACUAUAAAACAAAAUACUAUAAAAAAUACUAUAAAAAGACUAAUACGACUUACUAUUAAAGUCAGAAAUAAUUGGUUAUGGAGUAACACCAUGCACAGUACAUCAUUUUGUAAUUAUGUAAUCAUGUAUUCCAGAUUAUAUCUUAUAUAAGGAGAUAUACAGUAUUUAGGUAUAAUGGGAAUAUAAGCUUUUUAUUUUUAUUUUUUAUUUCCACCUCCAUGCUUACUUAACAUUAAUAAAACAAAAUACCCCCAACACACACUCUGAAACUAUCUGAGCUAGUAAAAUAUCUUGUUUUAUAAACAAAUAUAAUGUACAAAGAAAUUUAAGAUUAUUAAGCCUAUUUCUAGAUAUCUUUGCUCAUAUCAAGCACAACAUUUUCUUAUUCUAUUGCUUACUUUAAGCGUUUGUUUCUAGAAAGAAGGUGAA